AUGGUGAUCCGAACACGGGGCGCAAUUCUUGGUCGAACCAAGGUGACCAGUCGAGCUGGUGACGAAGAUGCCAAAGUCGCAGUUGAUCUGCAGGCGAGUCAUCGAUCCUUUUGUCGAUCACACAGCGGAACUCUCAAUGAAAGCACCAAUGUCGGUGUCAAAACCGGCGGACCUUGGAUAGGGGGUCCCGAACUGAUUUUCGGCGAUGCGCUUUCAGUGGGAGGAGACGUUCCCGUCGACGAUGAGACGCCUAUAAUCCGUUUCAUCCUGUUGCAGAAUCGGCAGGGGAAGACGCGGCUGGCCAAGUACUACGUCCCGCUCGAGGACUCAGAGAAGCACAAGGUUGAGUAUGAGGUGCAUCGGCUGGUCGUCAACAGGGACCCCAAGUUCACUAACUUCGUUGAGUUCCGUACGCACAAAGUUAUCUACAGGAGAUAUGCAGGACUAUUUUUCUCAAUAUGUGUAGAUAUCACGGAUAAUGAGUUGGUAUACUUGGAAUGUAUCCACUUAUUUGUGGAGAUAUUGGACCAUUUCUUCAGCAACGUGUGUGAACUUGAUUUAGUAUUUAACUUCCACAAGGUUUACUUGAUAUUGGAUGAGUUUAUUCUCGCUGGAGAGCUGCAAGAAACAAGCAAAAAGGCGAUUAUAGAGAGAAUGGGUGUUCCAGCGUGCAUGGGGAGAUAACUAAACGCAAGAGCAAAACCCAUUCCUUCUGCCAUGUCGAAGAAUUUUCUCCGUUUGUACAAUUCUGUUGUAGCUGUUAUUAUGAUUACCCCUGGUUCACCAACUUUCUUUAUGGCUGCCUUCUAGAAAAAACAUUAUGAUGGUUGCUUGGUGGGGUUCGUUGUGGAUCGUUCUGUAACUAGGUGCCAUGGAAUUCCUUGCCAUCUUUGCGCAUUUCAUUAGCAAUCAUGAUGGCAGUCUUUUUUCCAAUCAUUAGAGCAUGCAUGUCUAGAGAACCCACGAUGUUUGAAGCAAUCUGUUGCACUAUUCCUUGGGCUAAA